GAAAUAAGUGUAGUGGGUUAGCAAUUAGUGACGUCGUUAAAUACCUCGAGAAAUGUGACCGUUAGUCCGAGGUGGUAAUUAUUUUCAAAAUCCAGCGGCGCGUACUUAUCACCUUCCACUCUCUUUCCCCUACCGUUAUUACACAUGCACUCUUCUUUCCUCUGCUCAAUAUUUUUGUCCUUUUCACUUUUCUCUCUCUCUUUCUUUCUUUCUUUUAUUCUUUUCGUAUGUCUAUCACUUUCUAAAUCUAAAACCCCAUUUCCUCAAAUCUACUUUUCACACUUGUUUCAUUCUUCUACAUGUAAAAAAACCUCCACUUUCAUUUCAAGAACCUAGAAAUGGGUUGUGCUCAAUCAAGAAUAGAUAAUGAGGAGUCAGUUGCAAGAUGCAAAGAACGUAGAAACCUGAUGAAAGAAGCUGUAAACUACCGCAACUUCUUUGCAGCAGCACAUUCAGCUUAUUCCAUAGCUUUAAAGAACACUGGUGCUGCUUUAAGUGAUUAUGCUCAAGGUGAAACCCCACCUGAACCACCACCACCAGCAGCUGUCACUGAACCCCCACCCCCACCCCCACCCCCACACCCCACUAUGGAAGCUAGCCCCCUCCCACCACCCCCACCACCCCUACCUACCUUCUCACCUAUUACCCCACUUCAACGCUCUUUCACUAUGCCUGAGUUGUCGAAACCUUUAGGUGGGAGAAAAAUGAAAGGCAUUGCUAUUGAUGAGAACGAUGAAGAAAUCGAGGAGGAAGAAAUUGAGAGUAGUUUGGAUGUAAGGAGAGGAAGUAAGCGAAAUGUUGGUGGUGGGGCCCACCAGGAGGAGCUAACCCCACCACCCGCGCCACCCCCACCAGGGGAGGCGUGGGAUUAUUUCUUUAAUGCUAAUAUUCCAGGACAUUCGUUAGACGAAGUCGAGGAAGAGGAGGAGGAGGAUGAGGAGGAGGAUGAGAUGAUGAACCAGGAGAAUAUGGAAAUUCAGAACAAAAGAUUUGAUAAUGUAGGUAGAAAUAAAGAGUAUGGAGAUAAUGAUCAAUUCAAGACACCAGAGAAGAAGAAGGGGAUAGUGGAGAGUAGUGCGGUUGAUGAAGAGAUCACUCCGAUGACGGCUGAAGGAGAGAUUGUAUUUAAGCAUUCAAAUACUGCGCCACCCGAGAUGAGAGGAGGAGGAGUAGUGGGAGGUGGUGAGAAUGUUGGGUAUGGUAAUAAUGCUGAUUUCUUUAAAGUUUUAGGUGAGAUUGAUGAUCAUUUCCUUAAAGCUUCUGAGAAUGCACAAGAGGUUUCGAAGAUGCUCGAGGCUACUCGAUUGCAUUACCACUCGAACUUUGCUGAUAAUCGAGGACAUAUUGACCACGCAGCUAGGGUGAUGCGCGUCAUUACAUGGAACAAAUCAUUUAAGGGUGUAUCCAAUGGUGAUGGUAGGAAGGAUGAGCAUGACAUCGAUGAAUAUGAGACACAUGCCACUGUUUUGGACAAAUUGCUGGCGUGGGAGAAGAAACUUUAUGAUGAAAUGAAGGCCGGUGAGCUUAUAAAACAUGAGUAUCAGAGGAAAGUUGCCUUACUAAACAAGAUGAAGAAACGGAAUGCAACCUUGGAAUCACUGGAGAAGACAAAGGCUGCUGUUAGCCAUUUGCAUACGCGAUAUAUAGUUGACAUGCAGUCAUUGGAUUCGACAGUUAGCGAAGUAAAUGACAUUCGUGACAAGCAGUUGUACCCCAAGCUGGCUGCUCUUGUUCAAGGGAUGGUUAGCAUGUGGGAAUUCAUGUUUAGUCAUCACAAGAACCAGCUGCAGUUGGCUACUGAUCUCAAAGCCAUCGAGAUCUCCGGAUUCCCCUUAGAAACAAGCAAACACCAUCAUGAACGUACAAUCCAGCUCGGUAAUAUUAUCAAGGAUUGGCAUGAUCAUUUUGACAACCUUGUGAAAAAUCAAAAACUGUACAUCCAAACACUCCACGGCUGGUUGAAGCUAAAUCUCAUACCCAUUGAAAGCACCCUAAAAGAAAAAAUCUCGUCGCCUCCUCGAGCACAGAGUCCCCCAAUUCAAGCCCUUCUCCACUCUUGGCAGGAGCUUCUUGAGAAGCUGCCUGAUGAGGUCGCCAAAAGUGCCAUUGCUUCCUUUGAAGCUGUGAUAAGGACCAUCAUUAUUCAUCAAGAGGAAGAGAUGAAGCUGAAAGAGAAGUGCGAGGAAACUAGAAAAGAGUACAUACGCAAAAGGCAAGCAUUUGGAGAUUGGUACCAAAAGUAUAUGAAUCGUAGAACUCCACCCGAUUUGACAGAUCCUGAUAGAGCUACGGAGUCCAACACUAAAGAUCCUGUUACGGAAAAGCAGUUUUUUGUGGAAACAUUGAAGAAGAGGUUGGACGAGGAGACAGAAGCUCACCAAAAGCAUUGCAUUCAAGUUAGGGAGAAGUCAUUAGGGAGUCUCAAGAUCCGGUUGCCCGAGUUAUUCCGAGUCAUGUCGGAGUAUUCUUAUUCAUGUCUAGAGGCUUAUGGUCGAUUAAGAAUGAUCUUACAGUCACAGCACUCAAACGGGAGCUCGUAAGGGUUUUAGCCUCUCUCUCUCUUUUCCCCCCUACUGAUGUGUUGUUGUGAUCUUUUGUAGUAAAAUGUAAGAUAAGCAUGGAUAAUGUCUUCUCUAAAUUGCAGAUGUUCUGCCAUAUUUGUAUGAAAAGUGGCCUCUUAAUUUAUUUAUCCACUUCAUGAACA